AUGUACUCGUACUAUUUGCUGAAAUAUGAAUUACAGUUUUUUGAUUUUACGAAAAACAUCGAUGGAUAUCAUGACGAUCCAUACAAAGUACUUGGAGUUAAGCGAUCAGCAUCGGACGUUGAGAUUAAACGCGCGUAUCGUUCACUUGCACUUAAGUGGCAUCCUGAUAAGAAUCGAGAUGAUCCAAAUGCAAAGAAGCGAUUUAUGCGUAUCAAUGCUGCAUACGAAGAGCUAACAAAUGCUCAAAUAGUACCAAAACAUACAAGACAGCAGUAUCAACAAUAUAAUCGACAAUACUACGAUUAUAGCUACCAUUCGACUCGACAUUGGGAUUUAUCUCAUCUUACGACACCCUUUUUGUUGAUUCUAUUACUUGCUGUGGUUAUGGGAAUAUUUGGAAGUAAAGAAGCAGAGUCCAAGACACAUGAGAUGAAGCCAAGUGCUUUAAAUGAGCUUGCAAGAGUCUUUGCACCUUCAAUUUAUGAGUUUAAACCUUUAUAUUUAUUAGCGAAAGGAAGACGUACGCUUGUAUUUUUUCCAGAUGAGAGAUAUCAUGGAUGCACUGUAAAAGAUCAGUUUCGUAUUCUUGAAAACUUAGCAGUCGCGUUCCAACGCGACCCGCUUACAUUCUGUUGGCUUGAUUUAAAAACUCUCUCGAAGGACAAACAAAAGCUUUGGCAAACGCAGUUUGAAAAUCGUAUACCACCGUUUGUUGUGAGUCUGAGUAACAGCAACAAGAAAAUUGCGUUGUUUCAUCAUUAUAAUGACAGCACGCAGGACCCAUUGGCACUUGAAAAGGCGAUUCGUUCAUGGCUUGUACGUCUAGUAGGAGGUGAAAUCUCCCAUAUUCCAUCGGUACUUGGUCUUGUUGAUUAG